CAUAUUCAAAUUAAAAGCUCCCCAGAGUAACGGAAGCAACAUUCAUCUUCUUCCUCCAACUCACCAUCAUCAUCACAUACAUAGCAUACCCAUACAUGCAUGCAUGUCUCAUCUCAUGUGGCUUACCCAUCAUCAAAUGCCAUGCAAUGCAUUAGGCCAGGUCAUGCAUCUUUGCCUGGCAUGUCAAUUGCCUCAAGUUCCCCAAUUUAUGAGGACUCUUCUUCGAACGAACCCAUAAUUCGCAAUCGUCCACUCGUUUCAAAGAGCAAACUCAUCAUCAUCAUCAUCAUCAACCAUAACAUCAUUGCUACUCAUCCAUGCAUUCCAUCUGGCUCAAUAAUCUCACAGCACUAGUCUUUCUUGUGGAUGAAGAAAUAUUCAUGGGCUGAAAGAAUUGGAAAAACUUGAAUCCAUCAAUGGGUUUAUCAAUGGAUAAUGUCCGAGGGCUCAUUCUCGCGCUCUCGUCAAGCAUUUUCAUUGGAAGUAGUUUCAUAGUGAAGAAAAAAGGGCUGAAAAGAGCAGGGUUUUCAGGCGUUAGGGCAGGUUUAGGAGGCUAUUCAUACCUUUAUGAGCCUUUAUGGUGGGUUGGAAUGGGUGCAAUGGUUAUUGGUGAGGUUGCAAAUUUUGCUGCUUACGCAUUUGCUCCUGCAAUUCUUGUAACUCCUUUGGGAGCACUGAGUAUCAUAGUCAGCGCAGUUCUGGCUCAUUUUAUUUUAAAAGAGAAGUUGCACAUAUUUGGCGUUCUUGGUUGUGUUCUUUGUGUUGUGGGUUCUACUGCUAUUGUUUUGCAUGCUCCUCAAGAGAAAGAGAUCGAAUCAGUUAAGCAAGUUUGGAACCUUGCUCUUGAGCCAGGUUUCAUUGUUUAUUGGUGCUUGGUUCUUGCCUUAGUUGUUCUUCUUGUUAUCUGUGUUGUUCCUCGUUAUGGCCAGUCCCACAUGAUGGUCUAUAUUGGAAUAUGCUCUCUUAUGGGGUCUCUUACGGUCAUGAGUGUGAAAGCAUUGGGAAUCGCUCUAAAACUAACAUUCUCUGGAAUGAAUCAGUUUGUCUACGUGCAAACUUGGGUGUUCACAAUUGUUGCUACAAUUUGCAUUCUCACUCAGAUGAAUUAUUUGAACAAGGCACUGGAUACCUUCAACACUGCUGUGAUAUCUCCAGUGUAUUAUGUAAUGUUCACUACUCUAACCAUUGUUGCCAGCGUAAUCAUGUUCAAGGACUGGACUACACAAAAUGCAUCUCAGAUUUUGACAGAGUUAUGCGGCUUUGUAACUAUUCUCUCAGGAACCUUUCUUCUCCACAAGACAAAGGACAUGGGUAGUAACUCAUUGCCUGAUAAUCAAAGUAUUCUAGCAUCAGCCUCAUAGUGCACUGAGAAUCACUUGAUCGCCAUUGUAAUAUACAAUUUUUUGGUUCUUUUUGCCCACUGACAUCACAUGCCAUAUCCCUUUUGGAACAUAUUCAACUUCAAGCUGUCCAUAAGAAAGUAUUAGGGAAAGCCUACUAUAAAGCAAUGGAGUGUGAUGUAUGACUUUAAAGCUACUUCACCAACAGUUCCCAGUGAUGGAUGCAUGGAGACCAAGUGGAAUGUGAUUCACCCAGGUAAACUUAAUUUCCUCUGUCCAUUAAUGAGAAAGAUAGUGGUAUAGCAUGGAGUAUCAUAUGACAUGGUGCUUGGACCAUGGUGUACUUCCUAAAGUGUUAUAACCUUGAAGAGGAAGGCACUCUGCAUGAGAAAGGUCAACCACCGUCUUAGUCUUUCAGCAUCAUAGAGAACAAGAAAGGCUUGUGAACUGCUCAUGUUCAAAUAAAUGAAUUUUGUUAUUAAAUUUAUGGGCUCAUGCAGUGCACUUCGGCGGAGGCACACUAGACACGUCCUCAAGGAAAAACCUAUUUAGGAGUAUUCUUUUAUCUGAAAAUUUCUACUUUAAAAUAUCUCAAUGAGUAUUUUAGAAAAGAAAAAAAAAGGACUAUACACUUUGAGUUCCUAAACACCUAGGCCUGGCCAUCUAUAAAUUAGCCAUAUUAUGUUCAAUCCUUGCAUUUUUUUUAAAAGCAAAUAUAGAGUCCUUAUGAAAUUUUUAAUGUUGGUCCGUAGAAGGAGGAGGAUACAUCGACAAAAUUUUGGGUCCUAAAAAGUACUCCUAGAUAGUAUGUUACUACAGGGAGUAAAUGUGAGAUAUGCUUAAGAAGGAGCAUACACUUUUUUCCCUAAAUUUACUUCUCAAGUGCCUCUCACGGGAAAUUAUGUAAAGCUAGGUUUAUAUGGAUUCAUAAGU